CAGUGAGAGUUGAACUCUGGGCAUAAAGUUCUAACAAGCAGGACCGAUGUGCGCCGAGAAGGAAUGAAGCAUGGAUGUGAAAGAACGCAGGCCUUACUGCUCCCUGACCAAGAGCAGACGAGAAAAAGAACGGCGGUACACAAACUCGUCCGCGGACAAUGAGGAGUGUAGGGUCCCCACGCAGAAGUCUUACAGUUCCAGCGAAACCUUGAAAGCUUUUGAUCAUGAUUCUUCACGGCUGCUUUACGGAAACAGAGUAAAGGAUCUGGUCCACAGGGAAGCAGACGAGUAUACCAGACAAGGACAGAAUUUUACCCUAAGGCAGUUAGGAGUGUGUGAAUCCGCAACUCGAAGAGGAGCGGCAUUCUGUGCGGAAAUGGGGCUCCCUCACAGAGGUUACUCCAUCAGUGCAGGGUCAGAUGCGGAUACGGAAAACGAAGCAGUGAUGUCCCCAGAGCAUGCCAUGAGACUGUGGGGCAGGGGGGUCAAAUCGGGCCGCAGUUCCUGCCUGUCCAGCCGGUCCAACUCAGCCCUCACCCUGACGGACACGGAGCACGAGAACAAGUCGGACAGCGACAGCGAGCAACCUGCAAACAACCAAGGGCAACCUACCCUGCAGCCUCUGCCGCCUUCCCACAAGCAGCACCCUACACAGCAGCACCCAUCUAUCACUUCUCUCAAUAGAAACUCCCUGACCAAUAGAAGGAACCAGAGUCCGGCCCCGCCGGCUGCUUUGCCCGCCGAGCUGCAAACCACACCCGAGUCCGUCCAGCUGCAGGACAGCUGGGUCCUUGGCAGUAAUGUACCACUGGAAAGCAGGCAUUUCCUAUUCAAAACAGGGACAGGGACGACACCACUGUUCAGUACGGCAACCCCGGGAUACACAAUGGCAUCUGGCUCUGUUUAUUCACCGCCUACCCGGCCACUUCCUAGGAACACCCUGUCCAGAAGUGCAUUUAAAUUCAAGAAGUCAUCCAAGUACUGCAGCUGGAGGUGCACAGCACUGUGUGCUGUAGGGGUCUCGGUGCUCCUCGCAAUACUCCUGUCCUAUUUUAUAGCAAUGCAUCUAUUUGGCCUCAACUGGCACUUACAGCAGAGUGAAAAUGACACAUUUGAGAAUGGAAAAGUGAAUUCUGACGCCAUGCCAACAAACACUGUAUCGUUACCUUCCGGCGACAACGGAAAAUUAGGUGGAAUUACACAUGAAAAUAACACCAUAGAUUCUGGAGAACUUGAUAUUGGCCGGAGAGCUAUUCAAGAGGUUCCCCCCGGGAUCUUCUGGAGAUCACAGCUCUUUAUUGAUCAGCCACAGUUUCUUAAGUUCAACAUCUCUCUUCAGAAGGAUGCAUUGAUCGGAGUAUAUGGCCGGAAAGGCUUACCACCUUCCCACACACAGUACGACUUUGUGGAGCUCCUGGAUGGCAGCAGGUUAAUUGCAAGAGAACAGCGGAACCUGGUGGAAUCCGAAAGAGCCGGGCGCCAGGCGAGAUCCGUCAGCCUGCACGAAGCUGGCUUUAUCCAGUACUUGGAUGCUGGAAUCUGGCAUCUGGCCUUCUAUAACGAUGGGAAAAACCCAGAGCAGGUGUCCUUUAACACCAUUGUUAUAGAGUCUGUGGUGGAAUGCCCCCGAAAUUGCCAUGGAAAUGGAGAAUGUGUUUCUGGAACUUGCCACUGUUUUCCAGGGUUUCUGGGUCCGGAUUGUUCAAGAGCAGCCUGUCCGGUGCUCUGUAGUGGCAACGGGCAGUACUCCAAGGGCCGCUGCCUGUGUUUCAGUGGCUGGAAGGGCACCGAGUGUGAUGUGCCAACUACCCAGUGCAUUGACCCGCAGUGUGGGGGUCGUGGGAUCUGCAUCAUGGGAUCUUGCGCCUGCAACUCAGGAUACAAAGGAGAAAAUUGUGAAGAAGCGGACUGUCUAGACCCUGGAUGUUCUAACCAUGGCGUGUGCAUCCAUGGGGAGUGUCACUGCAACCCAGGGUGGGGUGGCAGCAACUGUGAAAUACUGAAGACCAUGUGCCCAGACCAGUGUUCGGGCCAUGGGACAUACCUUCAGGAAAGCGGCUCCUGCACUUGUGACCCAAACUGGACCGGCCCAGACUGCUCAAAUGAAAUAUGCUCGGUGGACUGUGGCCCACACGGCGUUUGCAUGGGGGGCACUUGCCGCUGUGAAGAAGGCUGGACAGGGCCGGCGUGUAAUCAGAGAGCUUGCCACCCUCGCUGUGCCGAACAUGGGACCUGCAAGAACGGCAAGUGCGAGUGCAGCCAGGGAUGGAAUGGAGAACACUGCACGAUUGCUCACUAUUUGGAUAAGAUAGUUAAAGAGGGUUGCCCCGGCUUGUGCAACAGCAAUGGGAGAUGUACGCUGGACCAAAACGGCUGGCAUUGUGUUUGCCAGCCAGGCUGGAGAGGAGCGGGCUGUGAUGUAGCUAUGGAGACUCUCUGUACAGACAGCAAGGACAACGAAGGAGAUGGACUCGUUGACUGCAUGGAUCCUGACUGCUGCCUACAGAGUUCCUGCCAAAAUCAGCCCUACUGUCGUGGCUUGCCUGAUCCUCAGGAUAUCAUUAGCCAAAGUCUACAGACUCCAUCUCAGCAAGCUGCCAAGUCCUUCUAUGACCGAAUCAGUUUCCUGAUUGGAUCGGAUAGCACCCACGUGCUCCCUGGAGAAAGCCCGUUCAAUAAGAGCCUUGCAUCUGUCAUCCGAGGCCAAGUUCUAACUGCUGACGGGACCCCGCUGAUCGGUGUCAACGUCUCGUUUUUACACUACUCCGAAUACGGGUACACCAUUACCCGCCAGGAUGGAAUGUUUGACCUGGUGGCUAAUGGCGGUGCUUCCCUGACUUUGGUGUUUGAGCGCUCCCCGUUCCUCACUCAGUACCACACGGUGUGGAUUCCCUGGAAUGUCUUUUAUGUGAUGGACACCCUCGUCAUGAAGAAGGAAGAGAAUGACAUCCCCAGCUGUGACCUCAGUGGGUUCGUGAGGCCAAGCCCCAUCAUUGUGUCUUCACCGUUAUCCACCUUCUUCAGGUCUUCCCCUGAGGACAGCCCCAUCAUCCCCGAGACACAGGUCCUGCAUGAAGAAACCACAAUUCCAGGAACGGACUUGAAGCUUUCCUACCUGAGUUCCAGAGCUGCGGGGUACAAGUCAGUUCUUAAGAUCACCAUGACCCAGGCCGUCAUACCGUUUAACCUCAUGAAGGUCCAUCUGAUGGUGGCUGUGGUAGGAAGGCUCUUCCAGAAGUGGUUUCCUGCCUCGCCAAACUUGGCCUACACUUUCAUCUGGGAUAAGACGGAUGCAUACAAUCAGAAAGUCUACGGCCUGUCUGAGGCCGUCGUGUCAGUUGGAUACGAAUAUGAGUCGUGCUUGGACCUGACUCUGUGGGAAAAGAGGACCGCCAUUUUGCAAGGCUAUGAGCUGGACGCUUCCAACAUGGGCGGCUGGACGCUGGAUAAACAUCACGUGCUGGAUGUUCAGAACGGUAUACUGUACAAAGGAAACGGGGAAAAUCAGUUCAUCUCCCAGCAGCCUCCAGUGGUCAGUAGCAUCAUGGGUAAUGGUCGGAGGCGCAGCAUCUCAUGCCCAAGUUGCAAUGGUCAAGCUGAUGGGAACAAACUGCUGGCACCAGUCGCGCUGGCCUGUGGGAUCGACGGCAGUCUGUACGUAGGAGAUUUCAACUACGUCCGACGAAUAUUCCCUUCUGGCAACGUAACCAGUGUUUUAGAACUAAGAAAUAAAGAUUUUAGACAUAGUAGCAACCCCGCUCACAGAUACUACCUGGCAACGGAUCCAGUCACCGGAGAUUUGUACGUUUCGGAUACUAACACCCGCAGGAUUUAUCGCCCAAAGUCACUCACGGGAGCCAAAGACUUGACUAAAAAUGCUGAGGUGGUUGCAGGGACCGGAGAACAGUGCCUACCCUUUGACGAGGCCAGGUGUGGGGACGGAGGGAAGGCUGUGGAAGCAACACUCAUGAGUCCCAAAGGAUUGGCAAUCGAUAAAAAUGGACUGAUCUACUUUGUUGACGGAACCAUGAUCAGAAAGGUUGAUCAAAAUGGGAUCAUAUCAACUCUCCUGGGCUCCAAUGACCUCACGUCAGCGCGACCUUUAACCUGUGACACCAGCAUGCACAUCAGUCAGGUACGCCUGGAAUGGCCCACUGAUCUUGCCAUCAACCCCAUGGAUAACUCCAUUUACGUCCUGGAUAAUAACGUAGUUUUACAGAUCACCGAAAACCGUCAAGUCCGCAUCGCCGCGGGACGGCCCAUGCACUGCCAGGUCCCCGGAGUAGAAUACCCCGUGGGGAAGCGUGCAGUUCAGACCACACUGGAAUCAGCCACUGCCAUCGCCGUGUCCUACAGCGGGGUCCUUUACAUCACGGAAACUGAUGAAAAGAAAAUCAACCGAAUACGGCAGGUCACAACAGACGGGGAGAUCUCCUUAGUGGCUGGAAUACCUUCAGAGUGUGACUGCAAAAAUGACGCCAACUGCGACUGCUACCAGAGCGGAGAUGGCUAUGCCAAAGAUGCCAAACUUAACGCACCAUCCUCCCUAGCCGCCUCUCCAGACGGUACGCUGUACAUUGCAGAUCUGGGAAAUAUUCGGAUCCGGGCAGUGUCCAAGAACAAGCCUUUACUUAACUCUAUGAACUUCUAUGAAGUGGCCUCUCCAACCGACCAAGAGCUCUAUAUCUUUGACACCAAUGGUACCCACCAGUACACUGUGAGCUUAGUCACGGGCGACUACCUGUAUAACUUCAGCUACAGCAAUGACAACGACGUCACUGCUGUGACAGACAGUAACGGCAACACCCUCCGAAUCCGAAGGGAUCCAAAUCGGAUGCCCGUCCGAGUGGUGUCUCCAGAUAACCAAGUGAUAUGGUUGACCAUAGGCACCAACGGGUGUCUGAAAAGCAUGACCGCCCAAGGACUGGAGCUAGUUUUGUUUACUUACCAUGGCAACAGUGGGCUUUUAGCCACCAAAAGUGAUGAAACUGGAUGGACCACAUUUUUUGACUACGACAGUGAAGGUCGCCUGACGAAUGUCACGUUUCCAACUGGAGUGGUUACAAACUUACACGGGGAUAUGGACAAGGCCAUCACGGUGGACCUUGAGUCAUCCAGCCGAGAGGAAGAUGUCAGCAUCACUUCAAAUUUGUCCUCCAUUGACUCUUUCUACACCAUGGUCCAAGACCAGUUAAGAAACAGCUACCAAAUCGGAUAUGAUGGCUCCCUGAGGAUCAUCUAUGCCAGUGGUCUAGAUUCGCACUACCAGACAGAGCCCCAUGUUCUGGCUGGCACGGCAAACCCCACGGUGGCCAAAAGAAACAUGACUCUCCCCGGGGAGAACGGACAGAAUCUGGUAGAAUGGAGGUUCCGGAAAGAACAAGCACAGGGCAAAGUCAACGUGUUCGGCCGAAAGCUGAGGGUCAAUGGGCGAAACCUGCUUUCGGUUGACUUUGAUCGGACUACCAAGACGGAGAAGAUCUAUGACGACCACCGGAAAUUUCUCCUGAGGAUCGCUUAUGACACCUCGGGCCACCCGACUCUCUGGCUGCCUAGUAGCAAGCUGAUGGCCGUCAACGUCACCUACUCAUCCACUGGUCAGAUUGCCAGCAUCCAGAGAGGCACCACCAGUGAAAAAGUGGAUUAUGACGGCCAGGGGAGGAUUGUGUCUCGCGUCUUCGCUGAUGGGAAAACGUGGAGUUACACGUACUUAGAAAAGUCCAUGGUCCUUCUGCUCCACAGCCAGCGGCAGUAUAUCUUCGAAUACGAUAUGUGGGACCGCCUAUCCGCCAUCACCAUGCCCAGUGUGGCUCGCCACACCAUGCAGACCAUCCGGUCCAUUGGCUACUACCGCAACAUAUACAACCCCCCGGAAAGCAAUGCCUCUGUCAUCACAGACUACAACGAGCAAGGGCUGCUCCUGCAAACAGCUUUCCUGGGAACAAGUCGGAGGGUCUUAUUCAAGUACAGAAGGCAGACCAGGCUGUCGGAAAUUUUAUACGAUAGCACAAGAGUCAGCUUUACCUAUGAUGAGACAGCAGGGGUCCUGAAAACAGUAAACCUUCAGAGUGAUGGUUUUAUUUGCACCAUUAGAUACAGGCAAAUUGGCCCCCUGAUUGACAGGCAGAUUUUCCGCUUUAGUGAGGAUGGAAUGGUGAAUGCAAGAUUUGACUACAGCUACGACAACAGCUUUCGGGUGACCAGCAUGCAGGGUGUCAUCAAUGAAACGCCGCUGCCCAUCGAUCUAUACCAGUUUGAUGACAUUUCCGGCAAAGUUGAGCAGUUCGGAAAAUUUGGAGUUAUAUACUAUGACAUCAACCAGAUCAUUUCCACAGCCGUAAUGACUUACACGAAGCACUUUGACGCCCAUGGCCGCAUCAAGGAGAUCCAGUAUGAGAUAUUCAGGUCCCUCAUGUACUGGAUUACAAUUCAAUACGAUAACAUGGGCCGGGUGACCAAGAGAGAGAUUAAAAUAGGGCCCUUUGCCAACACUACCAAAUACGGUUAUGAAUAUGACGUUGAUGGACAGCUCCAAACAGUUUACCUAAACGAAAAGAUCAUGUGGCGCUACAGCUAUGACCUGAACGGCAACCUCCAUCUGCUGAACCCCAGCAGCAGCACGCGCUUGACGCCUCUGCGCUACGACCUGCGGGACAGAAUCACCCGGCUGGGCGACGUUCAGUACCGGCUUGAUGAAGACGGCUUCCUGCGUCAGAGGGGCACAGAAAUCUUUGAAUACAGCUCCAAGGGGCUUCUGACUCGAGUCUACAGUAAAGGCAGCGGCUGGACUGUAAUCUAUCGCUAUGAUGGCCUGGGAAGGCGUGUUUCGAGCAAAACCAGUCUGGGGCAGCACCUUCAGUUUUUUUACGCUGACCUGACGUACCCAACUAGGAUUACUCAUGUCUACAACCAUUCGAGUUCAGAAAUCACCUCCCUCUACUACGAUCUCCAGGGACACCUUUUUGCCAUGGAGAUCAGCAGCGGGGAUGAGUUCUACAUCGCCUCAGAUAACACCGGGACGCCUCUGGCUGUUUUCAGUAGCAACGGGCUUAUGCUAAAACAGAUCCAGUACACUGCCUACGGUGAGAUCUACUUUGACUCCAACAUUGACUUUCAGCUGGUAAUUGGAUUCCACGGAGGCUUGUACGACCCGCUCACCAAACUAAUCCACUUUGGAGAGAGAGAUUAUGACAUUUUGGCAGGACGGUGGACAACGCCGGACAUUGAAAUCUGGAAAAGAAUCGGAAAGGACCCGGCUCCUUUUAACCUGUAUAUGUUCCGGAAUAACAAUCCUGCAAGCAAAAUCCAUGAUGUGAAAGACUACAUCACAGAUGUUAACAGCUGGCUGGUGACAUUCGGCUUCCAUCUGCACAAUGCUAUUCCUGGAUUUCCUGUUCCCAAAUUUGAUUUAACAGAACCUUCGUACGAACUUGUAAAGAGUCAACAGUGGGACGACAUGCCGCCCAUCUUUGGAGUUCAGCAGCAAGUGGCAAGGCAAGCCAAGGCCUUCCUGUCCCUGGGGAAGAUGGCCGAGGUGCAGGUGAGCAGACGCAAGGCAGGCGGCGAGCAGUCGUGGCUGUGGUUCGCCACGGUCAAGUCGCUCAUCGGCAAGGGCGUCAUGCUGGCCGUGAGCCAAGGGCGCGUGCAGACCAACGUGCUCAACAUCGCCAACGAGGACUGCAUCAAGGUGGCAGCGGUGCUCAACAACGCCUUCUACCUGGAGAACCUGCACUUCACCAUCGAGGGCAAGGACACGCACUACUUCAUCAAGAGCACCACACCCGAGAGCGACUUGGGCACGCUGCGGUUGACGAGCGGCCGCAAGGCGCUGGAGAAUGGCAUCAAUGUCACGGUGUCUCAGUCCACCACGGUGGUGAACGGCAGGACUCGCAGGUUCGCUGACGUGGAGAUGCAGUUCGGCGCGCUGGCGCUGCACGUGCGCUACGGCAUGACGCUAGACGAGGAGAAGGCGCGCAUCCUGGAGCAGGCGCGACAGCGCGCUCUCGCCCGGGCCUGGGCGCGCGAGCAGCAGCGCGUGCGCGACGGCGAGGAGGGCGCGCGCCUCUGGACGGAGGGCGAGAAGCGGCAGCUGCUGAGCGCAGGCAAGGUGCAGGGCUACGAUGGGUACUAUGUACUGUCGGUGGAGCAGUACCCGGAGCUGGCCGACAGCGCCAACAACAUCCAGUUCCUGCGACAAAGUGAGAUCGGCAAGAGGUAACCCCUGGGCCACCCCUGCGCAGAUUCUCCUGUAGCACAAUCCGAACGGGACUCUCCAAAGAGCCUUCCAGAAUGACACUGCUCUGCAGACACACACACCACAUACACACAUGCAAC